CUGUGCGCUGCAGCAUGGUGUGAAGGGUGCGGAUAGAGAAAAUUCGUCUUUAAGUAGCUUUGCAGUAAGUAUGAGAACUGAUCUCUGCUCCUCAUAUCCCAAUCCCUGAAGCCAGUUGAUUUUUAAUGUAUUUUAUAAUUGACUUAAAAGGAACUCUCUGGUAUUAUUAAUCACACACAGAGCAUCAGGGGCCAAGUUUUCAAAAUAGUUUGCUGUAAAAUAAGCAGUAGAGAUAAAUCAUAAGCCCCACUCUGUGUUCAAGUCUAACAGUAUUCUGCUGUGGUCACUUUGAACUGUGCAGAUAAGAAAAUCGAUACAAAAACGGAUCUGCAUUCAGCCUACGCACAGUUCUCUCUGAUAGAGCAACCAGAUGCCUUAGAGAUUACGAGCAGUCAUUAAAGUGUACUGAAGGAGAUGAGCUUACUAUAUAAUACUAAGUGCAGUUUUUAAAUGAGGGGGAAAGUGAACUUUAUUUUUUUUUUAUUUAAAUCCAGUUAGCCAAUAUAUAGUACAUUAGUUUCAGAUGCAGUGUUCAGUAAGUUAUCAGUGACCUAUGACACCCAGUACUCAUUACCUCAUGUGCCCUCCUCAAUGCCCGUCACCCAAGAAGUGAACUUUCUGACCUCUGAGUGUUAUUAAUUGUUGUGAUAGUCAGAACUUAUUUGAAUAUAUGCAGUGUCAUUUCAUAUUUGAAUGAUGUUCAGAAAAAUCCGUUGGAAUUUUCAUUCAGACACAUAGUCUAUUUUUAAUUUCACAUUCUUGUCUGUUCUAUUUAGAUUUGCUUGGAAAGUCUCUAAAUAUUUUUGCAAAAACCACAAAACACUAUGUUACAAAGUAUUAUUUAUUGAGUAUAAUUCACGAAGCAAUCUAUAUUUACUCAACUCUUUGAGAAAUACUUGUGUUUUUGAUACAUCUCCAUUAAGUGCUUUUAACAUGAGAGGAUAUUUUGAUGUUUUUACAGGACUGUAAAGGUAACAGGUACAGUAUUUUAGGACACUUUGCAGGUAGCCUUUGCCUUUUCACUGAGAUGUAGACCUGGAAAACUCACGGGAAAUGAGAUCAGGAACAAACCGUCCAUUUCACUUGCUAUCUAUUUUGCAUAAUGGUAAAACUUCAGCUCCUCGUUCUCACCACCAGAUGGUAUUUUUCAAAACCCGAAAUGUUAACUUUGCCUCUUUCUCCUGGUUGUUCAUCCCCUGCCUUGAGCACUGACUGAUAGGACAGGAAGCGGACUCCGGGAAAGCAGAUAGACAAUGACAGGCUCCCAGGAGAAGGGGGGUAGAUUCGUGUUUGUGUAAGUAACCGCACUACUUCAGAGAGAGGUCGCAAUGAUGAGGGAGACAAAUGAAAUAAAAGCCAAGUAUUUCAGAAACCAUCAAACAGGCAGCUGGGAAAAUGCAAAACAACACAAGGGGGGUGCUGUCUAUAUAUGGUCUGCAAGAUUUAAAUAUAUCCUUAUUUGUAUUCUUUUUGCGUUAUGACAAAAAUGAAAUAAAUUUUGUGUGAUAGUUCUAAUGAUGAAAGGUGGAAGUUCUACCUAGCUUUGAAAUAAUUUUUUUUAAAGAGGGUAAGAAUGUUUAUGGUGCUUAACUUGACGAAAAGAGACCACUGAAAUGCUGAUAUUUUUAGAAGUCUUUUAAAAAGUGUUGAGGGGGCAAAGACUACAAAUUAUGCCAUAUAAAAAUUAACCUCUGUUUUGGAUUGCUAACCUGAUUUUCAGUUAAUUCAGUUUGUAAUAACUAUUAAUGAUCUCUCUUUACAAUAAAGAUUCUGCAAAUUGUUUGCUGUUGAUUUUUUAAUGAUUAAAACUCUGGUGGGUUUCUGCUUAAUCAUACAAACAUGAUAGAUUUAACUAUACCUUGAGUCUACUUAAAUACAUUGGUGUUUACGUAAUCCAUCUGGAAUCCUAGAGCUCAUCAUUCGAAGCUGUAUGGUUGCUAUUUGGAUAGUCCUAUCCUCUGUGCAUUGCAGACUGCCUCUCUCUAGUGUCUCUUCCCUCCGUGUCGCAGGAGAAUAUGCACACUGUCACUGUGGCAAGAGGCCAGAACCUGGAAGAUGAAAGGGCGAAGGUUUCCAGGGGCAGGGAGGCUCCAAGGGCAGAUGGGUGGAGCUUUAAAGGCUCAGGUCUAAAUCCCCACCCACCUGGCUGUAUCCAGACAGAGACCCGUUUGAGAACUACCCAAGGACCAGAAGGCAUUAUGAAAAACCUACAUUUCCGAGUCCUAACAAUGCUAACAGGUCUUUAUUUUACUGGAACAAUGACAAACCCAUCCAGAAAAGGCAGUAUUUUAUUCAGUUCGGAGUGUCAAUGGAAUGGACAUCUUCUGACAAACUGUUCUUUUACUGGAAAGCAUGAUACCCGUGCGGACAUGCCCCGGGCAGCGGCCACACUGGAUGCAAGUGCCAGUUUCCUUAGGGAUCUCAUACAGUCUCGCGUGAGAAAAGACCGGAAUAUAAAACAUCUGGACCUCAGUAACAAUCACAUUUCGAACAUCAGCUUAAGCCCUCUUGCACACUUCCACACUUUGGAAAUACUAAACCUCAGCAACGGUUCCAUUCGCUCGCUCUCUCUGGAUCUACCCAGUGCCAAGUCCUCAUGGGGGAAAUGCCACAGAAGCAGCGGCAGGCAUGGGCUUCUGUUUCUAAAGUUGUUAAUUCUUCAAAGAAACAAACUCACUGACAUUCCCAAGGGACUUCGGAACCUGAAAUCAUUACAGAGUCUGGACCUGUCGUUCAAUGAGAUAACGCAGAUCGGUCCCUCGGACCUCCGGAACUGCCCGCGGCUGGAGAACCUCUACUUAAAAAGCAACAAGAUAUUCAGGAUUCAUCCAGAAGCCUUCAAGGGCCUCAAGAAGUUACAGGUUGUAGACCUCAGCAACAAUGUUCUGACCGCCAUCCUACCCAUGAUGGUCAUUGCUCUGGCACUUCCCCAUCUGGAGGUGGACUUGGCCGACAACCCGUGGCAGUGUGACUACAGCGUGGCCGCCUUCCAAAAUGUCAUUUCUGACUCCUGGAGGAAAACGUGGAAUGGCAUCUGCAGCGAGUCUGUGGGGGAUGAGGAGGCAUACUGGUGGACCCCCCAAAGCAGAAGUUCCAGGGAGACCCACCUUCCUCACCAUCCCACGAAGCCUGUGAAAAGCCUCCCGCCCGGCAGAGCCGAGAGGCCCCCGGCAGGUGGGUUUGAGCACUCCGACACCCCAGCAGCGGUGGGCGCCCCGGCCAGCGGGAGGCCCCACCGGCGGUCCAGGUGGGCUAGGAGCCCCAGGGAUGUGCCCGCGGCUGGCAGAAAGGGAGCCCCUUCCCAGGACCUCGCCCUGGCCGUCUGCCUGGCUGUGUUUAUCACGUUCUUCGUGGCCUUCUGCCUGGGGGCUUUCGCCAGGCCUUUCAUUGACAGACUGUGGCACCAGAGAUGCAGACGCAAGGGGCCCAGCUCGGACCGCGCGGAUAACGCGGAUAACGCGGAUAACGCAUACUGGAAUGAGGGCUUCUGCAGCGACAUGGAAGCUUCAGGGAAGGCCCAGCACCGGAGGACAGAUCGGCCCCUCCAAGAGCCCGCCGGCCCCCGCGCUGCUGUCAUCCCCGACGGAGCCACAGGAGAAAGCAGGCGGGAGCAGGGCCACCGGCGGAGCGGGGGGCUGGGCAGUGACAGCAGAGGGCCAGGAGGGGAGAAGGAGGACAUACUUCUGAGUGACCAUGCAGUCCGUCCCGCUCCCCCAGGACGUCCGAAUGCUGGUCCUAACCAACGAAUUCCAGCAGGACAGGAUCACAUCCGCAAGGAAUAUGUUCUCGGGGAAGUAAAUUAUGCGACUGGGGCCCAGGAAGGUUCUCCCCGCACGCCUCCAGGAGAAAUGGCAGCUUCUCUCUCCAAAAUGCAAAUGCCUGUGAACGCACAGAGGGCUGGAGAGAAUGAGCGGUUCCCUUUGGAGUUUUCCAAGGAAAUGCAAGGGGGCGGUUACCUGAAUUUGCUGGACACACAGCAGCAAAGGCUCCAGGAGACCAGCGCUGAGGAAGGGCCUCCUGCCUCCCACAGCGCAGUCCCACUCAGGGACUGGGGAGAGCAGAGCCCUGCGCCACCCAUCUUUCCUCCAGGCUGGGGCCAUGACCCGCAGGUCACUCCUGCUAACGUGGAACCGGUACAGAAAUGGGCUCCUUCGAGCCCUCAGUAUACAAUGGACUGCAACUACGAUUCUGAUUCCGAUGAAGGGUCUUUAUUUACUCUAAGUUCGACAAGUUCGGAGGGUGCAAGAAAUGAGACCGAAGAAGAGACUCGCGGCAGGGAGAGCCAUGGAGCCAGCGAGCCCCCGGAGGAUGGGGACUCAGGGGUGAGGAAGGACCAUGUUACAUCACUGGAGGAUCCUGACGACCAUAUCCCCUGCCAGAGGAUUCUGGAGGAGUGUGAGAAUCAGGAGGAUUGUUUUGCAAAACCUCUCAUUUCUGGUCCAGACUCUGGUUUGUGUGAGACUCAUCUGGAAGGUGCCUCUGACACGGAUACGUGUGAGGGUCCGUGGACCUUGCCUGCAUUGCUGGGCGGUAACAGCCCCUCCAGUGAUGAGCUCCCAGGCACAGUGCUCGGUGAUUAUGCCGCAGCUCUCCUAUCGGAGACGGUAACAUGGCAUCACUCACUGAGAGACUUAGAGUUUUUCAAUGCAGAUGUCAUACCACAAACACCGCCAUGGCCGGCUGAAGGUCCCUCAGACCCUGACGAGAGCAACAGUCAUGAAAGAGACUCAGACGUUUAUAAACACGAAGCCUGCCUUCAGGAAGUAAACACAGUUCAACAUGAUAUUCCUCUCAAGAUCACUGCAGGUGAAACCUCGCAACCCACACGACAACAUUCUGAAGGGGGCCACAGGAACUCCCACCCGAUGGACACCGAUGCGAGCCAGGGGAUCGUAUGCCCUCUGGAGGACUCGGAUUCCAGAAAGGUUAGAAGCCGAACACAGGUGUUACAAUCCAGUAGCGAUGAGCCGACUCUCCAGGGUGAAAGAGGAGAGGGGGAUUGUGCUGAAAACGGUUCCAGGAGUCAGACACCGUCAUUUCAAGAGCCCCCAGAUGAACCCAGCUCACCAGGAACACGGGAGCCAAUCGCUGAUAGACAGGGGAGUAAAUACUCAGAAGCGAACCUGCUGCAGUCAGAAACAGACCAUGUUCACGUCCACGUUCAAAGGCAGACCCGGGGCCACCUGCGGGGAGCUGGCCGGCUGCACGAGGGCCUGCUCUACUACGAUGCGGAACUUGAAAACCAAAGGGAACUCAAGUAACAUCUUGCGUUCAGAUCGAAGCCCUUAGACAGACCCAGAUUUUCCAUCUGGGUCUGCUGAACAAUCUUCAACACAUUCUGCACAGAGAACCGUACAGCUUUCUGGAGGGUGAUCACCAAACUAUAAAGUGACGUUUAGGGAGGGUUCAGAGGAACUCCAUAUUUUUUCAUAAGUUAUGUCAAAAGAGAGACCAUUUUGUAGAUGGAAAUGUAAAUUAAAAAUCAGUCUUCAAGAAAAGAA